AUGUUGUGCUGCUGCUGUUGGCAGCCGUAUCAUUGUGCUUUAGCUGUUAGCAUUAUUGAUACAACAAUUGUUGGUAUUUUAGCAUAUCGUACCGCUGAUUUAUUGUACAGAUCGGGAAAUGCUAAAAUAGAUGAAUAUGAUUGUAUUAGUAUCAGUGAUGAAUGUGAAAUUGUAAAAGUAGAUGAAUUGAAUUUAAUUCAAUUGUUAGCAGCUUAUUGGAGGAUUGAUUUGCAUGAAACUUCAGUAUACCUUAUAAAUUAUGAAUCGAUUAAGGAAUCCAUUGUAGAGGCGUAA